CUGCAUUGGCUCGUGUGUUAAAUAAAGUGAGGUAUGUCUUAAUAUGAGGAGUGUUAUAGAUACCAUGGCGUACAAUGUCCUCUGAUGAAGAGGACCAGGCCCCCACUCCCCGUCCCCUCCCCCCACACCGACCCGUCACCCGGAAAAAGAGGCAGCAAAGCGCCAUCCCCCUAGUGCUUCCACUUCUACCUAACCAGUCAUCUUUCGAAAUUGAAAGUGACGCGCAGAACACUUCUUUGCCACUAUCAUCUGUUUGGAGCAGAGGACAAGACAAUUCAAAAAGAGCAGCUGAACGUCACACAAGAAAUGGAAAGAUUCAGCGUACUUUCCGAGAAAAGACGAGAGAAAAUUUUGCAACUCUGAUGUCACCUAGAAAAGAUGAAGUCCCAAGAUUUAAUGGAAAUAAUGACAGGAAAUCAAGAACAGUCCACACAUCUAGAUUCCCACAGAUCGCAGUGUCCAAAGCAAAGGAAAAGAAAAUUAAAAACGCCGCCAACUAUAAUGAUGAGGCCCCAGAGAAAGCCAUCGUCAUCAGAAAUUCCAACGUCACAAUAAAUGGACAGCAGACGAUCAUAAGUCCUCGGCGGAAUGGGAAAACGAAACAGAAAAGAAGAUUUUUGAAUGACUUGCAAUCUCGACUUGCGAUUCUUCAAGAAGAGACACAGUCUCAGCUAGAGGAAAGGAAGACUUUGUUUCAAGUAUUCAUUGAAACUAGAGCUUACAUGAAAGCAAAGGAGACACUUCUAAAGAACAAAUUCCUUCUGAUUAAGUCUAAGCCAGGAGAUGGGACAUCAUCCAUGGCGAUGAAAUUACUCUACGACCUCACAGACAAACAUGACUGGAUGACUCCACUUUGCAUCCUUGAGGUAACCGACUUCGACGAAGCCAUUGGAGAAAAUAAUUCCGUGAUUUUGAUUGAUGGUCUGUUUGAUUUGGAUAGCGUAUCUCUUGAGUACAAGAAAGAAUGGAUUGAGAAACUCCAGCGGCUUGCUUCCGCCCUACAGGUCAAUAAAAGAAACAAUUAUGUCAUUAUUACAAUGCCUGAGGACAGUUAUGGAUAUCUGCCAAAUUGUCUUUUCGAAAGUAAACUCUUCCAGUCUGCACUGAUCGACAUAAGCCAUGGCGACAACAAUCUAACCUUUGAAGAGAAGAAGUUAUUUCUUAACAUGUACGUUGUUCCCUUUUUCAUAUUAGAUAAUACACAGGGUGUAGAUCUGAUAAACUCUGCUCUACCAUUUGGAUUUCCAAAAUGUUGUGAAAUUUUGUACAAUAAUUGUUCUCUCCAUAAAGACCCCCUAUGUUUCUUCCGAGAUCCCCAGAUCUUCAUACAGAGUGUGUUAGAACUUAUCCAGAAAGUGGAACCGUCAAGAUUGGCGCCACUCGCGUUAGUCCUACUUGGCAAUGGAACACUGUCUGAGAGACAGCUUUACAGCAUUAUCAGCAAAAGGAACACUGUUCUGUGGAGAACAUUCGAAGAUCAUUACGAGGUUCUUGUUUGUGAAAGAAAAGACAUCAAGUGUCUGAUUCACCGAGUCAAGGGAACCUUUCUACAGUUUGAUCGAGUCACCAGUCAGUGGACCUUUACUCAUCCCGCUGUACAGAAGGCAGUGGUGUGUCUUCUGGGCAGGAUAGACCUGAAGCCCGUGAUCAAGACUUGUGAACUAUCACUACUUCCGAAAAUGCGCACUGGAAGUGAUUUAUGUCGAUUCAAAGACGAUGUGUUGUUGGAGCACCGCUGCUAUAAAGCUUUGAGCAAGCAAAUCUGUAACAGCUUAUCAAAGAGAGAAGAAGAGACCUUGGAAGUGUUAUCUAAGAUGUCAGUGUGGGAGGAAAAUAAAUUUGUUGAAUAUUUUGCACACUUUCUGAGGGGAAAUAAAUGGGAAGAAACGUUUCUCUUGCAAGAUGCGACUAACAAAGGAAUCAUCGAAUAUGCCAUGACCAACGGUAACAUAAGGGUGGUUGAACACAUGUUAUCCAUUGCUGACAAGAUUGGACAAAGAAAAAGCUUGUUGGACAAAUCGUGUGAAAAUAAUUUGACUCUGGCAAUGAUUCUUCUGAACAAGAAUGUUAGACCGGACAUUGAAACCGUUCAGAGUGGAAUAAAAAGUAAGAAUACUGCCAUUCUUCGAGAAAUAUUGAUUCGUCUUGGAAAGAACUUCGACCAGUUCGCACGGAUACAGAGUAAGUUAGCAGACGACUUUAGUUAUGAUGUAACAAUUGCAGACGAAGCUUGUUUGUCUGGCGAUGAAAAGGUUGUGGACACCGUUAUAGAAAAUUUCCCCAAACUUGUUAGUUGCACGAAAGAAUCAAGUUUCUUAAUCCUACUGAAAGCAGCCAUCACGGGAGGAAAUCGUCGAAUCGUGAAUAGAAUGGUUGAGAUAGGAGUUGAUGACAGGUCUACUACUGGACAAGACCAGACGCAAAAGAAUAGUGUUGUCUUUUAUAUAGCUUGUAAAAAUGGUGAAACUGAAGUUGCAAAAUAUUUCGGAAAUGGAGAUGUAAGUCUGUUCACAUCAAGAGACAAACAUAAUUAUACACCGUUGCAUUCGGUGGCGUGUGGAGGGACUAAGGAUCUUGCUGAGUACCUAAUUCAUGGCGGAGCGGACCCAUACGCGAUAACAACGAAGAAAGCGACAGCUCUUCAUCUCUCAUGUGCCAGUGGAAAUCUCGACAUCACCGCCUUCCUGAUUGACAGCUACCCAGCACUCGUAGAGAUGGAAGACAACAAAAAAGCUACUCCUGUUCAUUAUGCAACAAGGGGAGGGUCCAUUGAAAUAAUUACCCUUCUCGUAGAGAAGCACGCUAACCUAGCCAAGGUCACCACAAAAAGGGAAACGGUACUGCAUGUUUCUUGUCACAGAGGAUAUCUUGAUGUAGCUAGACUAGUCGUAGCUAGGUGUCCGGAGCUAGCUUCUGCUGCUACUGCAGACGGGUACACGGCUCUUCACUUUGCCUGUACCACAGACGACCUUGACCUGGUGAGAUUUCUAGUUGAAGAUCUUCACCUUGACCCUCUGCAGCGGACCAAUGAUGGGACCAACUCAAUACAGCUGGCCACAGGGUACGGAGUCCGGGAGUACUUGGAGCGAAUAUGUGUGUCCCAAAGCUUCGCCUCUAUUGGAAGAUUUCAGUGUGACUCUGACGACGAUAAUGUUUCGGAAGAGAUCGAAAGACACUAAUGUUUCGGAAGAGAUCGGACGACGAUAAUGUUCCGGAAGAGAUCGGACAUUUAACUGAACCAUCAAAUCUCUUUUUUGUUGUUGUUUUGUAUUCAUAAUACUGUUCUUGUUUUCUUUUUUUUAUUCAUUUGGAAAGCUGCUUCAACACUGAAUAUUUAUUUCUUGGCACCACUGUUUCUAGUAUUUGUUUUCGCCCAAACAAUCAUGGAACUGAUAAGCUUACAAUUGUGCUUGUCCUAUUCAAUGAAUGACAUUCUGUGCUGGGGUGAGCUCACUUCAUUGACUGUUUAUUAAUUUCUCUCAUAUCAAUAAUGAGUUGAAAUUAAUACAAAGGGAGACAACUCAAACAUAAAGCUGAAAAUAAGUUGUGUCCUACUAGUAAAUAAACAUUACAGAUACGUUUUAAA